AUGAAAGGAAAAGAAAGCCUCUCAGGAGAUCAGCCGGCAGUGUACACGCCGCCCCACACGGCUUUCUACCUGAGGCGGUGGGGAAAGGGGGGCGCGGGGCGGCUCCACGUGACAUCACCGCGCCUCCCCGCCCUCGGUCCCCGCGCCCGGCGCGCAGAGCUGGUGGCUGGCCCUCCCGCUGGGUACCGCUCUCCUUGGGUGGCUGCGAGUCCCUUCGCCUUUGGCCUUCGGCCGGGCCAGUCCCGGCGGCGGCGGGAGGGCGAUAAUUGCCCAGAGACGCAGCACUUAUCCUGGCAGGUUGUGCAAGGACCGCAGGAGCGAGGGCCCCGGGCGUCCGCUCUCACGCCUCAGCGGCCAGGCAUGCGCGCGGGGGCGAGGGAUGGGCGGGGGUCCCGGGGGCGCCUCCAGGUGUUCCCACUGGAGACUCUGCCUUGCUUCACGGGAAAGAACCGCUGCGAUCAUUACUGGCAAUAA